AUGCUUCGGAAAAUCAUCAAAUGCUCGAAUGCCGACUUUAUCCAAACAUACUUUCGACGAAGCUUCCUUGAUGAUACAUUGGCGGAAAGCAUAGUAGAAAAGUUGAGGGGCAACAGGGUCCUGUUAGAGAAUGGUUGGCCCGAUCUUCGCAUUGGAACGGAAAACGAAAACGACACGUUCGCACCUCUCUUCAAAGUCGCUUCGGCCGUUGCAAAGGUCGCCGAGUUCUGUGGGGUUCAGGAAAAGCGGAGCUUUUGGGUUGUGCCGAACCCCACGAAAGCGGGCGAGUUCGACGCUAUGGGUUAUCGACACUUGCCUGACGUGCGAUGUGUUAGCGAAGACACAUAG